AUGGCGUCAAAGGCGGCUAUCGAGCGUCUGAAGGCGGCGGAGAGGGAGAUCAAGAAGCUGAGGGAGGAGAAGCUGGUGGCGGAAAAGAGGCUGGAGUUCCAAACGGCCCGGAAUGACACGAUUUACAGCGUGGUCACCUCGGCCGUGAACAAGCUCACUACAGUCGCCGAGGGGGUGACCCAUCUCGAGCAGACGUCGGGGAGGAGCAUCCAGCUGGCGGUGGACGCUGUGAGGGCGGUCGUGCAGGAGGCGGUGAGCUAUCGCGGCUCCACCAUCGAAUUCAUGAACACGCAGUGGCUGCCCACCGUGCAGGCCCUGCACUUGACGGCUACUGCUGCACAGGGUAGGCGACGGGAGGACGACCUCCUGCUGCUUCGAGGUGUGGCAGAUUCUCUCGGCCAGAACAUCAAAACAGUCGUGUCUGCCGAGGUGAAGGCCGCCAUGGAGGGCGAGGCGCAGCGGAUCGCCGCUGCCGUGACUGCGAAGGUCGUCCAAGAGCUUAGGGACGACCUGGUGAAGGCGGUCACCUCCGCGACCCAACAGGGCAUUGGCACCGCCGGGUUUAGCCUCCUCCCAACUGCUUUCGCGUCGGUGAUGCACGGCGGUUGCGCAACCGCCGAGGAGAGUGGGCCGGCCCCAAGGCAGUCGGGGAAAAGGGUCGCCGACGAAAAAUCCCUGACCGGCGACCAGACCAGCGGCUCUAAGCGAAGCAGAGGACCUGCGGUGAAACGCGGUGUGGGCGUGGAUCCUCCUGCCCCUCCGUAUGUUCGUAUCCCCGGCGUCCACGACUUGCUGAAAGAUGGACUUGGCGCGCGACCGAGCGAACAUUUUCGACAGGUCGACGUCGCGCUCGAGGAUCCUCAGUCGGUGGUCGGGAAGACCGGUGGGCAGCCCGUGGGGGACAAGCAGCCACAGGCCCCGACCGAUCCGCCGAGCGCACACGACGCGCCACCGAGCUGCGAGCAGGUGGUCGACCAAGGAGCAGAGGCAGCGAACGUCGCGGCGGCGACUGCAGGGCCGAGUGGGUCAACGGUGGAGGCGGCUGUGUGGAGAGCGGCGGAAGAGGCCGGCGGGGUGGACGAAGAGAUCCUCGCCAGCAUCGUGAUGCCGGACCCGGAAAUCGAGGUCAUGCGGGAGAAACUACAAGCAGCAGCUCCCACCGUGGGAGCGCAACAGGGUGCACCAGCCGCCUCGACUGCUCCUGCGGAGGACCAUAGCGCGGCUGGCGCCAAAUCUCCCCCGGCCACAACCGGUGAGGUCGGCGAUGGGAAGCAGAGGCGCAAGGGCAAGGACAAGGCGAAGGGCGGCCCGCCGAAGGUCGGCUCUUCCAAGGGGACGUCCAAAGCGGCCGCGCAGGGUCGGAAGGGUUCAGGCGUCCGCGUUGACCCUUCAACUGGGCUGGCCGUCUCGGAGAUGAAGUUAGGGAAAAAGAGCCGUUACAUCUGCCGGUCGAUGGACAAGUCCGAGGCCGCCUACUGCAUCGCUGUCGCCGUUUCGUCGUUCGACGGCUUCGUCAGCGACGUGGUUCUCGACGAGUUCGGUGGGGUCAAGGAGGAAGUGAUGGCGCAGUAUAAGGCGGACUGGAAUGUGGCGCGAUUGAUUCCGGGGGGCAUGUGGAUGGUCAUGUGGAGCCGAGGGGCGAACGUCUUCCGCGACAGGUUCCAACAGGUGGUCGCGGAAUACAACAGGAUAACCGGAGCCGACCGCGCAGCUCUCAUGUUGGCUCUUCGCCCGGCGGUGUGGUUCGGCGACCUUCCGGAGUCGACCGAGCCCGAGAAGGCCGCGAAGAAGAAGGUGGCGAGCGACAUGAUCGCACGCGUUUCGAUGUGUGCCGCCUUCGCACCGGUGGCCGCGAAAGUGUUGCCCAUUCCGGGCGUCGGGUCGGAGCGGUUGUCCGAGAUCCUCGCCGGUACUGCGGCCGCGGUGUGGUGUUUUUCGGAGACCAAUGCCACGGCGGAAGUAGCGGCCGGCGAAGGGGGGGCGGCAGCGACCGUGCGCGGAGCGUCCAACGAGUUCGCGAGUCGGUGUCGGACCGUCAUCGAGGCGGUGCUUAAGCGGGCGGCCUCCCGGGAGGUCGUCGUAGGGGAGGUCGCCGAAACGGUGACGAAGGACCUGCAGGCGGCUGUGCUGAGGUCGCUGCCUGAGGUCGGAGAGGAGCGCGAGCACGACGAGCUGAUCGCCCGUGUCAUGAUAGAGAACCUCGCCUUCUGGGGGGACUGCAAUGUCGGAGGCCCGAAGCUCAAGGCUCGCGGCGUCGAUUUGCCUAUCGACCCCCAGAUGAAGGUUAUCAUUCGGGACAGGGGGGCGAGGGGGCAGCAGCACAAAGGGAAGCAGGUCGCCGACGCCUAG